AGAACCGGCUCCCGUUAGGGAACCAUGGUUUGGAUAGUAGGUUAUAAGGCACUCUGGCCCACACCCCCCCUCAGGCUACACGGCGGCUUAAGCGUGUAGGCUGGAAUAUUUUGGCCAUUCAAGCGGCCGGGGGCUGAUGAUUUGUUAUGGUUAGGGUAUUUUUUUUUUUUUUUCAAAUGCAACGCCACCUCCAAGGCGUUCUGCUCCGAAUUGGAAUCGAACAGGUUACCUCCCACUUUGUUGUGGGUGCGCAGACGUUUGCGCCAAGGGCUCAUAACCUGUCGGAACCCAAAACGGAGAACCGGCUCCCGUUAGGGAACCAUGGUUUGGAUAGUAGGUUAUAAGGCACUCUGGCCCACACAAGGCCUUAGCCAACCCAAUGCCCUUCCAGGACUACCGCCUCGCCGAUCCUGAAUGGCAAGUUGAGGUCUCCCCGGGCCACACCGUGACAGUCAACGGCACGGUUCAAGCCGUGAUCGACCAGCUGGAAAAGCGCGACCACGCACCCCAGGCUGCUGCGGCGAGGGCGGCCACUGCGGCUACCGACAUGGUCGCAAAGCGCGCCACCGACUUCAGCGGCGGAAGCUACAUCUGCGGGCACCGCUGGCCGUACGUCCCGCUCCAGCCAUUGUGGGAAGGCCUGCGGUAUCUGCGCAGUCUCCACGGCCAGGUGCAUGUCCCGCCCGGACCGAGAAUGUGCAGCCAGGUUAGCUGUUCGUACUCGGCGGCGGUUUGGAUCUGCAAUGAUAAUACCAAGGACCUCUACCUGGACUCGUUCUCGCGCAUCGCCGACGGCGUUAGCUACAUCAUCGGGUUGUGCGCAACAAACGCCUGGGGUCCCACCCAGGUGGCCGGGCAGGUCUUCCACCCUGAUCAUUGGAACAUUAUCGUCCGUCGUGAUAAAUGCCUCUAAAAAGAGCAGUUGGUUGUGGCCACGGAUACAUUAGGUGUCUUGUCAUCUUGCGGUCAUGCUAUCCUUUUGCUCUCCGUGGCGACGUCAAAAAGAGGCCGGGAUGGAUCUGGGGAGAGGAGUGGUACGGCUUUCCCUGCUGUCGCGCGUA